AUGGGCCUAAAUAAGUACAGCGAUUGGACACAUGAAGAUUUUGUUAAAACAAUGAAUGGAUACAGAUCCAACAAAGAUUUGAACGAUGAUGAAAUUUUGGCAUCAACUUUCUCUGAAUCAGCCAAUAUCGAUCUACCCGAAUCUGUGGACUGGCGUGACAAAGGAGAUGUUACCAGAGUAAGAGAUCAAGGAAGUUGUGGUUCUUGUUAUUCUUUCGCUGUAAUUGCUGCCGUCGAAAGCCAUUAUUCCAUCAAAACUGGUCACUUAUUGUCGUUAUCUGAACAGAAUGUCAUCGAUUGUUCGAAAUCAUAUGGAAAUAAUGGUUGCAAUGGCGGAGAUCUAGAUUCGGCAAUGAAUUAUAUCCGUGAUCAUGGUAUAUAUACAAGAAAAUCGUAUCCCUACCGUGGUUACGAUCAUCAUUGCAUGUUGCGUGCGAAAAAAUCGAGAGUCAAUGUUAAAGGAUUUAUGCGUAUUCCAAGUGGUAAUGAAAUAGAGCUACAAAAAGCUCUUGCUUUCCAUGGUCCCGUUGCAGUGUCGAUUGAUUCUUCACAUGAUACUUUUCGUCAUUAUAUGGAUGGCAUCUAUCAUGACCACAGAUGUAGCAGUGCAACAGAAAACCUAGAUCACUCUGUAUUACUCGUUGGGUAUGGGACUGAUGAAUACGACAGAGACUAUUACAUUGCUAAAAAUAGCUAUGGAGAUAGCUGGGGAGAUCAAGGCUAUUUCCGGAUUUCCCGUAAUCACAACAAUCAUUGUGGCAUUGCCACAGAUGCUUUAUUUCCUAUUGUUUAAUUUUUGUAUUGAAAAAUAUGGUUGUCCAACUUAAUAAAUGAUUGACAAAAUGAAAAUAAUUCAAAUUCAACUGUUCACACUUUAAUUGAAACAUAUUUUCAUUCAAAUAAAAUUUGAUCAAAUUGCGAUUCAAGCAAUAUUUGGAUUUUUUCAUUUGAUUGGAAGAGUUUUUCGGCCAAAAGAUUAAAUGAAAGCUAAUGAUGGAAUCGUAGCAAAUUAUCUAGAAUAAUUUUGUUUCCAAACGAUUCAAAUUAGGUUAACCAUUUUUCGUUCAUUUCAUUACAAUCACUUCGGCUGAAUUAUUUCCAUGAAUUCAACGUGCUUUUUUGUUGUUCUUGAAGAAUAAACAAACCGUUGAUCAUUUGUUUACGAUCGAUCACACAGCCAUCUGUUGACAGUGUUUUAAAAGCUUCUGUUUGAACUCUUUUGUUUAUUAGCAUUUGGAAGG